CUAGCACACAGUUAGCAAUUUGUAAAAAUUCACGAUUCUGAUCAGCGACUUCUCCAAUCUUUCUGAAUUUAUGUAAAAAUAUCAACAAAAGUGGUUUCUUCAUAUGUAAAUAUUGCUGAUUUCUGAAAUACUUGUUCAAUCAUGUUCCCAAUCGGCAAAAAAUCGGCCUUAUUGGAGAACGAAAAAUACCCAACAUCCAAUUAUUUCGAAUCCGAAGGCUCGAAGAUGAAAUCAUGACUCGCUUGCGAUUCUAAAGAUGAAAUCGGCCUUAUUGUCUUCACUUUCAUCAAUUAGUCUUUAAUUUCUGAUUCAUAAGAAUUGCAGAAAAUGAUUGAUCAGUUGAUUUGAAGCUGUAGAAAUAAUCGGACUACAGACAUUUGGUCCACCUUUUGAACUGCAGACAUUUUGUUGUUCAAAAACAAACAACACCUAACAGCUGAUACACGCAGUGUUUGUCUCAUGAAAGCUCUACAUACUUCUCUUCUGCAACAAUGGCCUCUUGGGGUUGUGAGGUGAGAGCUGGUGAACGAUUUGUAGCAGACAUUGCUGAGGGAACGAUUUUGGUUAUUUUAAAGGCUUAUCUUGGAGUACCGAAGGAGGAUAUUCAUGAGGAUUCUGUUUCUCUGUAUAUAACUGUUGAUGGAAAAAAGUUAGUUGCUGGAAACUUUAAUCCCCGGAGGCACUCCGAACAAAGGUUGUGUUUGUCAAUUGAUAAGAAGUUCUCAUUAACCCAUACGCUGAGAGAUAAUAGUCUUUAUUUUUUUGGAGUUACACACGAAAAGGAGCCUGAGGAUAAAAAAAAAGAUAAACCAACAGUGGAAGAAGCAAGUUCUGCAUCUGUUUAUUCACAUAGAUGCAAAAAGUAUUCAAUCAUGAGUUUUUGGGGGGCUGAAGUGAAACACGGUCAAAGGCUUCAUGUUAAGCUUGAUCAAGGGAAUUAUUUGAGUCUUAAACUGGCUUCUCUUGUGUGUACCGGAAAUCAUGAAGAAAAGAAGUCUGUGUGUUUGGAAGUCGAUACAUGUGACAAAACAAUUCAACUUGCAAGGCUUCACCCUGAGAGGCUGCCACAACAAGUAAUGGACCUAAAACCACGCGUGCAUGAAUAUCCACCUUUUCAUGAACCUAAUUUUGCAAAGAAUGAAGCAACUUUGGCUUCUGAAUGUGCACGUGUAUGCAGCAAGGUUAAGUCAAUGAAGUUUUGGGGAGUCGAGAUUAAAAGUGGUGAAACAAUCUCUGUGAAGCUUGAUCCAGAAAAUAUUUUACAUUUCAGACAUGCUUCACUUAUUGGUAUUGACAAGCAAACUAAGGAGAAGAAUGUUACUGUGGAAAUCAAUGCUAGUGGCAGAAAACAUGAGAUAACCCUGAAUACUAGAAGCAAACCACAAGCAGCCUUACAAAAAUUGUAUGAUGAAGAAAUUCAGUUAAGCCAUAACUUCAAAGAUGGUAAGGUGUACCUGCUUGGGACACUGACCACAAAACAUGGACAAAAGAGUGGAUAUCAUUUUCUCACUUUCUCUCAAAGUGAUGAUGGUAAAGAGAAAGAAAGAAAGUUGGAAAGGCGCAGGUCCUGCAGCUUCUGACAUCGUUGUAAUAUAUUUCGUAGCUGUUUAUUUGCUCUUUCAUUUCUUUUAUGUUGCAAUGUUAGAAGUAAGAUUAUCUUUUUCAAGUUGUAGUCAUGGUUUUAAGAAGUUUGUCAUAGGUGUGUCAUAUCUUCAAGACUUGUAUCUUACGUCACGUUUUAAGAAAGC